CCGGAAAGUUUCAGCAGUCCAAAAUGAAUUGGCAGAAACGAAGCAGCGGCUGGAAGCGGUCUGCCGCCCUUGAGUUGUGGUCGUCACCACUUUGUUACCUGUGCUGCAAACACAGAGAAGUAAUUGGAUUAUCCAGCCUUGACGCCCUGCAGUUGCCAAGGCUAAGGUAGCUUUUGCAUGUCUUGCACCAUGCCGUACUGCCGUACCUCCAAUCAGCUGCAUGAAAACAGAUGAGUAGCAGCUGACCGUUUGACCAUCAUGCAUCUUGAUUUCUCUUUCGGCUCCAAGUUCAAUAGCAUUCUCUAGGACUCUAGGACAUGCUGGCAGGUUCCCUUGGUUGCCUGUGCAAGGGCCGUUCACUAUCCGCAGUUGGCACGGUGCGCGUGCAGCAAGCUGCGAUUUUUGUCAGUCAUGGAUGGAUGAACUCAGAGCCGCGAGAAGGCUUUGCAUCUCUACUAUUGCCAGUUGUGUCCUUCAUUUCUGGAUGGAGACCCUUGAGGACAAGGCGUUAUGCACAAUGGAACCACAGCAGCUCAAAUCGGUUCAAAUUUUCAUCCAGGCUUUUAGAUGAAGGCAGACUCUCACUUAACCAGGCGCUGUCUUGUGCUGAUUCGCACGUGCAUGUGGUCAGAAGCUUUGGGCGAGGUUCAUCAUUUCGUCGGAUGACCUGCGGGUUAUUGGAGAAGUUCUUUCCAGAUCUGAAGUCCAGCAGAUUGAUUUUGGCCAAGGAUGACCCGGACCUUGAUGUUUACAAGACCAAUGCUGGGCCUUGGGCCAGUCGCAUCAUCAUGGGAGUGAAGGGUGCAGAACGUCAGAUUGCCUUCAUUGAUCAAAUUGCUCCAAAAGGAGCAAAGGUUAUGAUUUUUGACGACAACAUCCUGAAGUUCAUGGACUGCGGCAAAGCAAUAGAAGCUGGUGCACAACUGGACGAACUCAUUGCCAUGGGCUUCAAUGAAAUGGAACGUGCUGGUGCCAAAAUAUGGUCAGGAAGUGACUCCCCUAAUCCUGCUCAUUGGAGUGCAGAAGUGGAUGUUGGGAAGGGCUUGGUGUAUGGCGCUGCCUUCGGUAUGGUAGCAAUGCACGAGGAUUCGAGGUACUCACUUUUCGGUCAAGUCAUGGACGACAUUGAGCGGUCUUGCCGUUUCUAUGAGCAUGAUGGUGCAACUGUGCGGGUGGGAAGAUUCCAAGUUUAUAAAAGGCAUGCACCUGGGAUGUAUCACAAGAGGAAAGGUGGUAUCUCAGCCAGUCUUUCUGCAGAAGACUACAAGGCAGAGAGUUCGGCGGCCAGAAGUGCCCUUCUGCAGAGAUUUCCACAGCAGUUGGAAGCUGCAGAAACCAAGCUCGGAAUGAAGUUCAAACACGACAGAAUCAGACGCGCUGCCUUCAUUUUGUGACGGACCUAGUAGCAAUAUGUCGCACUGUGUAUCACAAGGCGGCAUGCAGUUCUUGUCGAACGACAAAACUGCAUUACACCAGCUUAAGACCACCUUUUGUGGCUGCAUACUUUAGUAACAAAAAGGCAUGCCUCGACCACUCGACCACCCUCAACGGACUACGCCACAAAACGCCUUUGUCAACGGCAUGGCACCCACCCUGAAUUGCCAGGUCGAGGGGGAGCGAUCGCGGCU